AAAAUAUAUAAGAGUUAGAGGAGGCAUUUCCAAUCAGUUAACAGAAUGGAUUGCAGGAGUGUCGUGUUCGUCGGACUUCUGGGUCUGGUCGGAGGUUCUCCUGUUUGGCAUCGGGGGUAUGGUUACGACGUACUUAAGAGCCGAGGAUAUCACAUAUACCCGGAAUCGUUCCACCUCGCCGAAGCCGUCUUCGACCCCGAAUACGACAAAGAGGAUAGCCCUCGAAAAGCUUUCGAACUUGAACAUGAUAUAUUGAAGUCUAAAAUCGGAGCGAACCAUCCAGAACUCAUACCACAUCUACAGAGAGAUGAACAUUUCCCUCCUCAUGAUGUAUUCUACGAACCUAAGAUUUACAGUACUGGAAUUUUUACAAAGAAAAAUAGUGGUCAAUAUGGUUACCAUUUGCAUGGGACGUAUCACAACGAAAUCGACUACCUGCCGUAUAGAUAAGAUAUCAGCUGUUUAAUUAAAAAAAUUCUUGUUAUCCUGAAU